UUUUUCUUUUUCUUUUUCUCUAUUGAAGAUUUUUACAAUAUGACAAUCAUACAUAAAAACACAGAAUAUAAUUUGACACGAAAAACUGAGCAAAAAAGAAAUAAAUCAAUUUAAGAAAAUAAUAGACUAUGAGAAUAUUACAUAAAAACAAAGCGUGAUAAAAAAUUAAACAGAAAAUAUUACCAAUAUUUUGAGUCUUUGAUUUAGUUCUUAACUUAUUGAUACAAAGAUGAUUUCACAUAAUCAAUAGAAUGAAUCUCUAUUGGCAUUAUAGCAGUCAAACCUUUAUUAUUUUGAACAUUUUUGACUUUACAAGUAAAUCUCAAAGUGCUACAGAAUGACAAUAAAAGUAUUAACCAGUGCAAAAAAGUGCAAAAAAAACACUAAUUUGAAAAUAUCUUCAGAGCAAAUAAGAUCAAUUACAAUAUGCUAAUAAGAAAACUUAAAUGUGGGACAAAAGAAAAUGAGAAGUAUUUGUAAUAAUUGUAAUGCUAAUUUCUAUCUUUAAUCUGACAAAGAAGUCAAAUUGGAACGCAGACUAAAAAGAAAAAUAUAUUUUUAUAAAACUGUAUAAAAUGAUUUAGAAGAUAAACCACCAAAGCUGUAAUAAAACACUGAUGUAUGCUCAGAGACGCUAAAUAAACAAGAAUUAGGUCAUGCUAUGAAAUAGUAAUGAAGACACGUGGGCGGAAGUCAGCUACGUCAUCACAACAGUAAAAGCAGCCAGUCCGUGGAUGUGACACGCUUACAAAUCCGUGGAAAACAACCGAUAUCAGCAGGGAACCAUGAUCCGGCCCCAGCAGAGUGUCUAACCCGCUCCCCGCUCCCCGCUCCAACACCGCCGGAUCCUUCGCCGUUCCUCUCCCCGCACCGAGUCCGCGGAGGCUGCGGCGCCAUGGUGGAGCAGUCGGACCGAGCCCCGCUGCUGGACUGGGAGGAGAUCCCACCGCCCGAACCGAACCAAGCGGCCCAGCCGCCGCCUGAGCCGCAGCGGGAGGACGACACCGCCGCGGCGGACAAACGGACACCGAUGUCCGGGUCGGGGUGGAGCGGCGCCGUCCACGCCGUCCCCACCGCCGUUACCUACAGCCCCACACGGAACAUCACAGCUGUGGUUGUGAGCAGGGACAAGCCGACCGGGUGCGGCUUCGCUCGUCCGCAGCCCCCCGGUUCGAACCUCCCGUUCCCCGGGGUCACGGCGCGGGGUCAGUGGGAGGAGAAGGACCAGAUCGUGGCUGUUUUUGUGGUGACUUUUGAUACGAGAUCAGGGAACAUGGUGGAGUGGUGUCUGCCUCAUGACGUCAACCUGGAUGGAGUGGAGUUCAAGUCCAUGGCCAGCGGCUCCCACCGGAUCACUAGUGACUUCAUAUAUUUUCGUAAAGGGAAAUACUUCGGGCUGGCCUGCUUUGCCAACAUGCCGGUGGAGAGUGAGCUGGAGCGCGGAGCGAGGAUGAAGUCCGUGGGAAUCCUGUCUCCGUCCUACACUCUGCUGUACCGAUACAUGCACUUCCUGGAGAACCAAGUCAGACACCAGCUGCACUGUCCAGGCCAGUACUCACCGCUGGAGGCCUUUUACGAGGAUAAGAAGGCGGUUCUGCCGCCGACAGGAAACGGUUUGGUUUCGUCGUGCCCGACCUGGAGCGUCUCCGCUAUAAACCGCUGCAUGCACCCAGAGAUGAAGAUCACCCACCCGGCUGGCUGCAUGUCCCAGUUCAUCCAGUUUUUCGGCGAGCAGAUCAUGGUGCUGUGGAAGUUUGUUCUGCUCCGGAAGCGGCUCCUCAUCUUCUCUCCUCCACCCAUAGGCGUGGUCUGCUACCGGGUGUACUGCUGUUGCUGCCUGGCUAAUGUUUCGAUCCCUGGAAUCGGGGUUUCUGUGCCUGAAUUACGGCCGUUUUUCUACAUCAACAUUGCUGACAUCAGCACCCUGGAAACAGAGUUUUCAUACGUCGCUUGCACCACAGAGAAGAUUUUUGAGGACAAGAAGGAUCUGUAUGAUGUCUACAUUGAUAACCAGAAUGUGAAGACGCACAGAAGCCAUCUGCAGCCGCUGCUCAGGCUGAACGCCGCGGAUAAGGAGAAGUACAGGAAACUGAGUGAACAAAGACAGAUGCUGCUGUACUCUCAGGAGGUGGAUGAAAACUGCACAGCGAACGAAGAGGAUCUGUUCAUUCUGUUCUUCAUGGAGCUGAACAACCGGAUCUUCCAGACCCUGUGUGAGGUGGCGGGCAGCUCUGACCCCACCAUCACCGCUGACCACAUGAGGGCCAUGGGGCUGGACCCCCAGGGGGACCGCUCCUUCCUGGAGGACCUGCUGGAGGUUUACGGCAUCGACGUCACGCUGCUCAUAGACACCCUGUGCUGCUCCUAAACCCCUCCAGGACAGCAGCCCCCCCACACACAGCAGCACACUGGAGAUGGAAACUCUGCCCCCUCUGGGGGUUUUAAUCCGUUCACCUCUGGGUUUAUGGACCCGGCCCACUGUGGGUGAUCUGGACACUCGGUGUGGGGAGAUGACUGUAGGAUCCUGGUUUGACGGUUCUGAAAGUCUCAGUCGCAUUUGGGGAAAAAGUUUCUCCCCCCUUUGGAGUUAAUUUGUCCACUUGGAUUCAUUUCAUGGGAAAUUAAACCGACUCAAACCCCCUCAACCUGCUGUGAGCUUCUGGUUCUGGUAAAUCGACUUUAUUCUGCAUUUCAGAAAGGAAGCAGUAUGAGAGUUAAAAAGCUUUUAUGUAAGCGAGAGUUGGGGAGGGAAACGAAUGCAAGAACUGAUGAGCAGUUAGCAUUCAGUCACGAAGAGAUGAAUAUUAUUGUUUCUGGGCUUUUAAUGAUGUUUUGACCUGUUUGAAAAUACAAAAUAUCAUUUCUAUUGUCUCUGAAUGUAAAGAUUAAUUGAGUUUUCCAUCAUAACUCGUCCAUCUGUUUGAGAUGAACUCCUCUUUUAUUCCACCAUCUUUCCAGUCAAACUUAAAGUUGCAGAUUUUGGAGCAGAACUAAGAUUCAAAGUAAAAUCAUCGACUUUGGAAAAUAGAUUUUCCAAAAAUGACAUUGUCAUAAACAGAAAAUGUGAUGAAUUGAUUGAUGAUGAUGUUCCUGAUCAAUGGCUGAAAAUCUGUGAAAUACUUAAAAUCUGGUAAUCAAUCAACUUAAAUAAUUUCUACUAUAUCGGGACGGAGUAAUUCAAAUUCAGUAAUAUUUGAAAACAUUUUUAAGGAAAGCUAAUCGUUGUCUCUGACUGAAGUCUGGGAUACGAUAGUCUCAAUAUCCAUUCUGCUGCUCUGCUAAUCCUCCUCAUUUGCUUUUGCCGCCCUAUUUAAAUAUCUAAUGUUGGAGUUGGGGAUUCUGAUGAAGGAAAUAUUUGGUUUGAACUUUUCAUUUUCUCUUGUUGCCUCAGUUGGUUUACUAAAGGCUCUAAAAACAACAAUUUGCAAAAGGAUUUCAAAGGAAAUAUUAAUUUUUCAUCCUGUUUAAAAAUGAGAAAUUUACAAUAAAUUCAAUUCUAUUAUUAAAAGCCCUAAAUUAAUAUGACCUUCAUGACUGUAUGUAAACUUCUGUGUAAGAAAGAGAAAGGCUGUUAAUAAAUACUUUAAACUUUAUGCACUUUCACCACAAUCUGCUGGCCUCCCUCUGAUUAUCAGACCAAAAGGAUGGGUGCAUUCUGGGAAAUGUAGUUGUUUUGUUUUUUUUUUUUGGGGGGGGGGGGGUUUGUUAACGCUUCACAUUUGUGAUGUUUGUAGGAGGUUUUCAGUGAACAUGCACCACUUAAUUUGAAUGCUGCACUCUGUCAAACACUUCCUCACACACACACACACACACACACACACACACACACACACACACACACACUGUUGUGCUUAACUGUAACCUUUUAUUUGUUGGGUUUAUGAUUGAAAUCUUGAAUUAGCUGGUUUCAGGCGUUAACCAGAUAAUCUAACAUCAGAACCUUGUUCGCUCUUCGUUGUUUUGGGGCUGAUGCAGGAACUUCGGCCGCCUCGCCUCCGGCUCGGUGACUUGGACUGGACUUCGGAGACGGGCUGGAGGAGCUUUCAGUUCUUCAUUUUGAUAAUUUCAGUGAUUUGUUCCAUGUUGGAACACAGGAGGCUCAAAAUCUGCUUCCAGAAACUGUAUUCCAGUGGGAUUUCAAACUUCUAACAGUCUCUCUAUAAACUGUCACAAGCAUCGCUUCUGUAUUUCAAAUAUACUGUUUCAUUUUUUUAACCUUUAUGUGUGGUUUCGAGUUGGAUAAAAGGAAAUGCACUAAUUGCUCGCGGCAGUUAAGCUUUAUUUCAAAUUUGGGGCCUUAAAAUAUGCUUUUUUUCACAGAAAUGCUUGUUUGUAGUUUUAAUAUUUAAUUGCUGAAUGUCUCAACACCGUGCUUCACGUUAGCCAUCAGCAGAUUUCCUAUGACUGCUUUUGCUCUACAGCUUUAAUGUAAAAGGGAAUGUACGCACACACACCAUGCCACUGAACACACCGCCUUUCUCUGUGUGGAAACCUCCACAGCUGUGGACUGUGGUCAACAAAGCGAACCGUGUCACUCCUCUGAAUGUCAGCAGAGACGUUGCUCCUGCAUCCACGCAGAGUUUUUCUUGACUGUAUUGUUCACCAAGUAGCAGUGAAGCCUCCACCAGUGUGAAACACACAAAGCCCUGCAGCAUGACUACCUGUUAGUUUCACUGUAACACAACAAAAUACUGAUUCUGGUUCAAUGUUAUUAAAUCCCACAAGUCUCCCUUUCAA